AGAAGAGGGAUUAUAAAUGAGCACCACCAACUAACCAAGUCCACCAACUCACGACGGAAGCACGGAGUAUAAAUUGUUGGCAACAGCAUUCUCAUAGCCCGCGGCCUCGCACAGUCUCCUCUCUCAGCUCACAUUUCGUGCUACCAUGGAGUCAACCUUACUAGCAGCACAUUCAACAAUGUCUCUCACAGCACUUUCUAAAUCUCUGAAGUCGAAUUGGAUGCCGUUACUUUCUCACUCCCAGCUCCGUCUCUCUACGACACCGGCGAGUCAUAGUUUGCUUCUGAGUCGCCUUACCCGGGCCCGGCUCGGAUCGGUUUAUUCGGGGAAAAGUUUGAGAUCUGGAGACUUGCAGCCUGCUCGAUGGGAACUGCGGAGUGUCUCCAGCUCUGCGCCUUCCUUUUCCGCCGGAGAUGGAGGAAAUGGUGGCUUUAUUGGAAAUGACAGAGGUGGAGGAGGAGGUGGAGCACCGGAGGGAGGCAAGGAGAAUCCUAGUGUGAUUGCAGCAGCCGGUGAAGAAGCUCAUGGCUUAUCUUCUGAAGUCAUCAUCCUUGACGUCCGUGGAAUGACAUGCGGAGGAUGCGCAGCAAGCGUGAAAAGGAUUCUAGAAAGCCAACCACAUGUUUCUUCAGCUAGUGUUAAUCUUACAACAGAGACAGCAAUUAUAUGGCCUGUUUCUGAAGCCAAAGCUGUUCCUAACUGGCAAAAACAGUUGGGGGAGAAACUAGCAGAUCAUUUGACAAGUUGUGGAUUUGAGUCUAAUUUCCGAGAUUCCCGAAGAGAUAUCUUGUUUGAAAGAUUUGAGAAGAAGAUGAAUGAAAAGCGUGCUCAACUACAAACUAGUGGUCGUGGACUUGCUGUCUCCUGGGCUCUAUGUGCCGUCUGCCUUGUUGGUCAUCUUCCUCAUUUCUUUGGAGCUAAGGCUUCAUGGAUUCAUGCACUCCAUUCUACAGGAUUUCAUAUGUCUGUGUCUUUAUUUACAUUGCUUAUUCCUGGUCGACAACUUAUCAUAGAUGGUCUGAAAAGUCUCAUUAGAGGGGUACCAAACAUGAAUACUCUAGUCAGUCUCGGGGCCUUGUCAUCUUUUGCUGUGAGUUCAAUGGCAGCAUUUAUUCCAAAACUGGGCUGGAAAGCAUUCUUUGAGGAACCUGUAAUGUUAAUUGCUUUUGUCUUGCUGGGAAGGAAUCUUGAGCAGAGAGCUAAGAUUAAAGCUACAAGUGACAUGACAGGCCUCCUUAGUACCUUGCCAUCUAAAGCUCGUCUUGUAGUUGAUAGUGACACAGGGGAUCAGACGUCAACCGUUGAAGUUCCUUGUACAAAUCUUUCUGUUGGUGAUCAAAUCGUUGUACUGCCUGGGGAUCGUAUACCUGCCGAUGGAAUUGUUAGAGCUGGUAGAAGCACAGUUGACGAAUCGAGUUUCACAGGGGAACCUUUACCAGUCACUAAAUUACCUGGGUGUCAAGUUGCCGCAGGAAGUAUCAAUCUCAAUGGGAUGCUUACAGUUGAAGUGCAAAAACCAGGUGGUGAGACUGCAAUUGGGGAUAUUGUUCGAUUGGUUGAAGAAGCACAGAGUAGAGAAGCCCCUGUACAACGAUUGGCUGAUAAGGUUUCUGGGCAUUUCACUUAUGGAGUGAUGGCUCUUUCUGCUGCCACAUUUAUGUUCUGGAACCUCUUUGGAGCUCGUCUUUUGCCUGCAUCUCUUAAUCAAGGAAGUUUAGCUUCUCUGGCCUUGCAGCUCUCUUGUACUGUUCUGGUUGUUGCAUGCCCAUGCGCACUUGGUCUUGCUACCCCAACUGCUGUGAUGGUUGGAACUUCACUUGGUGCCACAAGGGGAUUGCUUUUGCGUGGCGGAAAUGUCUUAGAAAAUUUUUCCAUGGUGAAUGCAAUUGUAUUUGACAAAACAGGAACAUUGACUAUUGGUCGACCCACCGUCACCGGUGUUGUUCCACAAGGUUGCGUUGAAGAUACAAAUGCAAAACAAGAUUCAGUUUCAACAUACAAAUGGUCACAAGAAGAGAUCCUGAACUUUGCAGCUGGGGUUGAAUCUAACACCAAUCAUCCAAUUGGAAAAGCAAUCGUAGAGGCUGCUAAGUCUAUGAACUGCCCAAAUGUAAAGGCAGAAGAUGGAUCAUUUACAGAAGAACCUGGAUCAGGUGCAGUAGCAAUUAUUGGACAGAAAAAGGUUUCUGUUGGCACAUUAGACUGGGUUAGGAGGCAUGGAGUUGAGGAUACAAGGAUACAUGAAUUUGACGACUUUAAGAACCAAUCAGUUGUAUAUGUAGGAGUGGAUGGUGUUCUUGCUGGUCUUAUCUAUGUUGACGAUCAGGUUCGAGAAGAUGCCCAGCAUGUUGUUGAGUCCUUGUCUAAGCAAGGGAUAAGUACCUAUUUGCUAUCUGGGGACAAGAAAAGUGCUGCUGAAUAUGUAGCAUCAGUUGUUGGUAUUCCCAAGGAAAAUGUAUUUUAUGGAGUUAAGCCUGAUGAAAAGAGGAAGUUUGUGAUUGGACUUCAACAGGAUCAGAAAGUUGUUGCUAUGGUUGGUGAUGGAAUCAAUGAUGCUGCUGCCUUGGCAUCAUCACAUGUUGGAGUUGCAAUUGGCAGUGGGGUGGGGGCUGCAAGUGACGUGUCUUCUGUUGUUCUCAUGCAGAACCGGCUUUCUCAGUUGCUAGAUGCACUGGAGCUUAGUAGGCUUACCAUGAAAACAGUGAAACAAAACCUCUGUUGGGCCUUUGGAUACAACAUUGUUGGACUUCCGGUAGCAGCUGGAAUAUUGUUACCAUUCACAGGGACAAUGCUUACUCCAUCUAUAGCUGGAGCUCUCAUGGGGCUGAGUUCCAUCGGCGUGAUGACAAACUCGUUGCUUCUCAGACUCAAGUUUGCAUCAAAAGAAAGGCAAAGUCAUGGACCAUCGGUAACCGUUCAGAUUCAUUCUAACAUUCCUGAUCGCGAUGAUGAUCACAAAGAGUGAUUGAACCAAUAAUGUCCGAUCUUACUAGGCAGGUUACUAGAACUCAGUAUAGGCAUGCAAUCUUCAAAUUCUGGCGUUGGUUUGAGAAACAGAAUCUUCUGAUUUCCUUCUAGUGCCCUAAAUAGUGUGUUUAUUUUUCAUGCUGUGGUAAUGAAAGAUCAUUAAGUUCAAUAUUGGCACAGUUUGUGUUAUGAUGCCACACCUGUCAAGUAUGUGGGCUUGGCCUGUGGCUUAUAAGCAAAGUGUUCCCUUGAUAAGUUUGUAUUACAACACGCAUUUGAUGCGUGUUGGGGUCGGAUUUUGAUGGUUUUCCUAGCUUUAAGGUGUUACAAGU